AUUGUUUGCAAUACGAGCAACGCCACUGCAUAAAUGCGCAAGAUUGCAAUGCAAUUACAUACAUGUAAAUAUGAGUGAACGCACUCAAUUGCCUAACCGUAGCCUCAACAACAGCAACAACAAUAACGGACAUGUCCAGCGGGAUACCAACGUCGUCGGCUGCGCCGCCAGUUUGGAGCUGUGACACGCACAGGCGCAGCCAUCAUCAACAGCGCGAGCUGAAACAACAACAUCUCCAGCAUUCCACACUCCAGACGGAGCUGCGACGCGCCACCAAUCAUUGGUUCCAAGCCAAAAGCGACGAGUGCCUGCAACUGCUGGUGCAAAUAUGCGUCCAAAUCCUGCAGCAUGGCCUGCUCCAGCCAACGGACGUCGGAACGCUGCGUCUUAUUGAGGACUUUGAGUUUCUGCGUCUCACGGAUCGCCAGUCGCCGCCGCCGCCUUCAUCUGGAACUGGCAACGUGACCGUCAGCGUGGGAGAGUUCUUGGCGCAAUGGGUGGCCAGCUGUCUGCGUGCGCGUUGCCUGUCGCGUUGCGUGCAGUCGCUGGUGGCGGACAAGGAGCUGCUCGACUGUUACUAUCAGCGCGAUGUGGCCUAUUUGCGGCACAGCGGCUAUGCGGCAGCGCUGUUUGUCUGCCUGACGGCCAUAGAGCUGGACCAGAGCAGCCUGCUCAGCCAGCUGGAGCCGUUAAAUAAGCGGCGCCAUCGACGCACCAGCUCACAGCCCAAUUUCAGCAUAACCCAGCGUUUGCAUGUGGUGCAGGAGGAGGAGCAACAGCAGCAGCAUCAUCUUAAGUUACCGCAACGUCCACGGCCGUUUCAGCUGCUGCGACGCAUCAAAAGUUUGCCCUGCCUCUAUCAGAACGAUUGCAGCGUGAAUAGGUGGCCGCCGAGUGCCAAGGCUGGGCCGGCUGCACGGCGGCCGCGUUGUCAGACCUACAACAGUCCGUGCGCCCAUUGGCGCAGUCAACGCAAGGAUUCGGCACCGUUGAGCGGCUCCAGCAUCAGCACUGCCAGCAGCUGCAGCCAGGUGGCAUCGCCCGCGUCGCGCCGCAUACAGCUGAUCAACUGUGACGACAUCAAGAUCUGGACGGAUCAAACGGACAGCAACAGCGAAUCGCCACCAGCUCAUAUACCGGCAACGACAAAGCCAACGACGCAGUGCUCGAAGCGCGGCAGUCCGCUUAACAGUUUUCUCAGCAACCUGUUUGGCUCGCCGCCCGUGUACACGAGCUGGUAUAGCAAGAGUCUGGGCCAGGAUGAGGAGGACAGCAGUGUGCUGAUGAACAACUUUCUGCCCGUGAAUGGACGCAAGCUGGACAAGCGGCAGCGGCAAUCGCUAUUCGAAGGCGUCAGCAUGCUCGACUACAACAAUUGUCAGGGCUCAACGGCGACAACGACGACCACAGCGCCGCUGGACAUAGUGGGCGGCAGUCCAGCUGGCCAGGCACAUGGCAGCGCCAGCUGCAGCACCACAUCCUGCAGCCUGAGCAGCGAUAGCCAGCAGAGCAGCAGCGGCAACAAGCUGGACAAUCAGAGCCUGGCCGCAUUUCUGCAAAUGUCGCGCAACACGCACAACAAUACCGAACUGGAGAAGGAGAAUGCCCAUUUUCGCAUCUCGGAGGCAUGCAUUGCGGCCAUCGAGCAUGUGAAGUGGAGCAGACGCGGCCAGCCAGCGGAGAGUGCGGCCAGCAGUGCGGUCGCCGAUGCAGAUGCCUUGCUGAUACCCUACGCGGAGCAGCAGAAUAGCAAUUGUAAUUGUAAUAACAGCGCCGAGGCGGUGGGCUUGCAGCUAAUCUCGCGCUUCAAUGAUCAGCAGCUGCCCAAAUUGGGUGAUCUGAAAUGGCUCGUUUCGGAGCAGGAUGCGCCCCAACAGCUGCUGCCAUUGCCCAAGCUGCAGGAACAGCAGCAGCAACAGCUGGCCAGCGAGACAAGCCUGACGCGUGGCACCAAAACAUGGGCGCCACCGCGUCAACAGAUCAUCUUUACGGAGCACGCGCCUGCCAGCCGUUCCCAGCUGUUGGCCCGCCAGAAUUAUCGCUGCGCCGGCUGUGGCAUGCAUGUGGCUCGACAGUAUCAACAAUACUUUCGAUAUUGUAAUUAUUUGGGCAAAUAUCUGUGCACCGGCUGCCAUCGGAACCAGCUGUCGGCCAUACCUGCCAAGAUACUGCAGGCCUGGGACUUUCGCUGCUAUGCGGUCAGCUCCUUUGCGUAUCGCCUGAUCGAGCAGAUGUACACGUUCCCGCUAUUCCAUGUGCCAGACCUGAAUGCCCAGCUGUAUGUCAAGCAAAAGCUUUUGGCCAGGGCACGACGUCGUCGGCUCCAGCUGAAAUAUGUGCGCGAUUUUAUUGCCGCUUGCCGUUUUGCCACCAGGGAGCAGGCGUUCUUUAAUGCGGUGCCGGCGCACAUUACCAAUGAUCCGGACAUGUGGUCCAUGUGUGAUUUUGUCGAUGUGCAAAACAACAGCAUGUGCCGCUCCAUAGAGGAGCUGAUUGCCCUCAACGAACAGCAUGUGCACGGCUGCGUGCUCUGCACUGGUCGCGCCUUUGUCUGUGAAUAUUGCAAGAGUCGGCAGCUCAUCUAUCCCUGGCAGCGCAAGGUGCAACGUUGUGUCCAGUGCGGCGCCUGUGCCCACUACACAUGCUGGAAGUCCAACACGGCGGGCAGCUGCUCGCGCUGUGAACGUCUGCAGGGACGAAAGCGGGAGGCCAGUUAGCGCGCAUUAUCUAGCCAAAUUUCGAGCAAUUUCAAUAUAUUGUAUAUAAUCCUGUAAAUGAUCAAAACUGUUUGCAAAUGUACCUCAAGCGAAUGACGGCCGAUUCAAGUUGAUUUUAUAAAUUAUACAAAUAUUUAUUUUAUUAUAUCAAUCAA